CCUUUUUUUAUGCUGUCAAUCAUAGAUAACAAUAUGUCAAUAAUGGCGUUUUUGUGAUUAUUCAGUAGUAACAAAUUCGCUUCUUUAAGUGAAAAUUUGCAUAAAACCGUAGUCACAGUUUAUAAAAGAACGUAGUGUCCUAGACUUAACUUUUCUAGGGGUUAGGUUAAUAUUUACGUUUUGUAAUCAUGCCUGUGGUAAUAUUAACUUUUUGUCGAGCGGUUUAUAGUGCGCCGAGUGUAUUCGCGAUUGUUGAUAAUUAAUUAUAAAAGUUCCUCCUCCUGGUGGUAGUAGCAAUCAAUACAAACUUUUUAUCAAAAAGUCCUGCUAUUGUGCCAAUGAGCCUUGGGCUUUGAAUGUAAACUUUGACUUUGAGUAAAAGUGAGUAUUUAUCCACAGCAGAACAACUUCACUGAUUUGGCCUCAGAAUGAGUUCUGACGAAGCUGAAGAGAGUCUGACCACAACAACAAAUCUACCAUCAGCAUCGAAAAAGAAAUAUGAAUCAGUGUACAAGGCUUUUUUGGAUUGGCAUAGCCUCAACAACAUGUCAUUAUUCACGGAAAACGUUCUUCUUUGCUACUUUAGCGAACUGGCGGAAAAAUACAAAUCGACAACCCUCUGGGUCCACUAUUCCAUGUUAAGGAGUACUCUCCUGAUCAAUAAAAGCAUAAAUAUUGAGAAAUUCACGAAGCUGCGCUCGUUUUUAAAGCGAAAAAGUCAGGGAUAUCGGCCAAAAAAGUCGAAGGCUUUCAGCAAUGAAGAAAUUCAGAAAUUCAUGACUGAAGCUCCAGAGAUUAAAUAUCUUGCUACAAAGGUUGCACUUGUGAUGGGUAGUAUGGGAGCGUGUCGGAUGAAAGAAAUGAGGGAGAUGAGUGUAAAGGAUUUCGAGGAUAUCGGAACGGCAGUUAUAGUAACAGUGCCAGAUACAAAAACCAACAUGUCCGUACGAAAAUUUACGAUAACGGACAUUUAUUACGAGAUUUGGAAAAGAUAUUACAAUUUACGUCCUCCCAAUACAAACCACGAUGCAUUUUUUCUUAAAUAUCAUCGGGGAAGAUAUACCACCCAGCGCAUUGGGAAAAACAAAUUCUGCGAAAUGGGAAAGGAAAUCGCAAUGUUUUUAAAUCUGCCCAAUCCGCAAUCAUAUACGGGCCUGUGCUUUCGUAGAUCUUCGGAAAUAUCGGCUCCAAAAAAUCACCAUUUGAAACAAUCAAAUUUGCUAAUUGCCAAUUCUGUAAUAAUAAUAAAUAAUAUAACUAUGACGUCGCCUGAUUCCAAUUUCUACUCGACCAAUGGAAAUCCAACUAUUAAUAGUGGGUCCCAGAUUAUAGAUGUACCAGAACUGGUACUUAUUAAGGGAGAACCAACACAAGAACCGUUUCAUAUUAAAGAUGAACCAGUUCAAGAAGAAUCAGAAGAACACAUCUACAUUAAAGAAGAACCAGAAGAGGCAAUUUACUUUAAAGAAGAACCAGAUGAACAAAUUAAUAUUAAACAAGAAGAGCCAAUUCAUUUUAAAGAAGAGCCUCUAAUAUAAAAGAAGAAUUGGUAACCGCUCAAAGCUUUAAAUAUAUACAGUGUCCUGUAUUAAGAAACUAAACAAAAAAAUACGUAUUGUAUCAUUUUCAGAAAAUUUGCAUCAAACCUUAUAUUAUUUAAAUGUCAAAAUGGGAUUUUUUGGUGUAUUAAUAAAGUUUUAUAAUAUAAAAAUUAUUUACAAAUAAACUGGGUUUUAUUAAAGAUGUAUCAAAAAUGAUUAAAAAAGUGAUUUUUUAAAAAAUUAUAUUUGGGUAAUUUAACCAAAAAAUAGUAUUUUAUAGAGAUAAUGCGCAUAAUCUCGAGUGAUACUAUACUUAAUCUACUACAAUGAGUAGGUAUAUAAUUAAAUAAUCUGUCAAAUGGUUAACCACACUUCACCAAUUUUAAAUAUAGGUAGUCGCCUUCUCCCAAUUAAAAACCUGAUUGCUUCAAGUCACAGUGAAUAUUGAAAUCAGCCAAUCACUGAUGCCUAACAACGUGAAUAAUCAGUUUAUUAUUCCUGUUUUUAGGCAGGGAAUUUAUAAUGUUUAUCAUUAUUCACAAAAAAAGCCAAUAUUAUGCAAUAGGAGUAAGUAGAUACAAUUUAUU